GUCAUUGAUGAAAACCCAACUGGAGAAUAUGGGUCUGGACUAUCAAGCGCCUGUAUUCCCAGGACAGGGCGCCUCCAAGAAGAAAGGCGCCUCGAAGAAAGGAAAUAAGAGAACCGCCCCAACACAAGCACGGACCGGAAGCAAAACCCAUGCGCCUGAUGCUCCGGCCGGCAGCGGGAAGGGGCGCUCGAGUCCGCGAAGGAUUAAGCCACAGAAAGUGGCGAAGGCUUCGGAAGGGAAUGCGCCUGUUGAUGCGCAACCUGAGGAGGGGGCGCCUCUUAUUGUUCAGUCCGAUCCGGAGCUGGACAUUGAUGAAGUCCCCCUGUCGAGCAAGCUUAAAAGGAAGUCGGAGGGUGGCGCAUCGACUCAUGUCAAAAAGCAGCGCAUAGCAGAGGAGGCGCCUGUCCACCCCUUUGUGCAAAAGUGGUUGCAACCCCCGAAGCACAGGGUCGUGGUGGAAUGCUCGGAUAGGUCUGCGUUGGAGCGAGGCUCAGCGCUUGGUUUCGCUUUCCGCGCCUCCGAAGUACUGCGAGCGCCCUCGAGUGUUGAAGGGAAGAAUCUCUGGGGAGAAGUGGCGCGCAUAGCGGCUGAGAUGCUCCAUUUGGCCAAGAAUGGCGCCAUGGCGCAAGAGGCGCUGCGCUUAGGCGAAGUGGAAGCCAACAAUGCGCUCAGCGUUGCACAGGAUGACUUGGAGACAGCGCGGAGGCGCCAAGCAGAGUUGGCGAAGGAAUGUGAGGACGCCAAUCUCGAGGCUGCUAAGGCUGCGUCCCUCUUACAGACAAGGGUGGAUGAAGAAAAGGAGAAGCUGAAGGUGGCGCAUGAGGCCCAACUUGAGAUUCUCAAGAGGGCGCAUCACGAAGAAGUGGCCAGGUUGGUGAAGGAGAAGGCUGAUCUGGACAAGGAAAAUGGCGAUCAGAGGAGUGAAAUCGAUCUCCUCCUUGAUGAGAAGAAGGCCUUGCAAAAGGAGAAUAAGCAACUGAUCCGAGAAGGAAAGAGGCGCCAGGAGGAAAUAGAGGCGCUUAAGAGCGAGAAGCCUGCCCCCCAAGCGCCUGGGUCAGAUUUGGCUGUGAAGGCGCAGGCGUCCUUGAACAGCAUUCUCAUCCUGAAGAGGAAGCUGGAGGCUGACCAUCCCAAUAUCAAGUGGGAUGUCAAGGAGAUGGCUAAUUUCGUCAUCGAUUUUAUGGCUAGUGGGCGCCCCAUCGUUGAUGCCACUCCUGCGCCCCCCGUUGAUCAAGAGGACGAAGCUGCUUCGGGGUCGAGC